CAGAGACCAGACUCUCCUGAAUCCAGCCGUGUGUCCAUGAAGAGUGGAUGGUCUAUAGGUCACUUUAUUGACUUUAAAGCUGGACAACCUGCUGAUGGAAGAGUUCUGCAGGAGAGCUCAGAGGUCCACAGUGAUCAGUCUGUUCAGCAGCAUCAACCAGACCUGGACUCCAUAUUUAUGCUGCUGGAGGAGAACAUUUUCACUUUUGUGAAGAAUGAGCUGAAGAAAGCACAGAGAGUCCUGAGACCAGAUUACCCAGAAUGCUCAGAGAGUCAGAGGGAGGAUCAGGAGGUGUUGGAAGGUGAGGAUGAAGAGCAGAGGAGGAGCAGCAGAGAGGCAUUUCUGAAGAUCACACUCAACUUCCUGAGGAGAAUGAAGCAGGAGGAGCUGGCUGACUGUCUGCAGAGCAAAAGUCAUGCUACAAUUUGCCAACGUAAACUCAAAUCUAACCUGAAGAAGAAGUUCCAGUGUGUGUUUGAGGGGAUCGCUAAAGCAGGAAACCCAACCCUUCUGAAUCAGAUCUACACAGAGCUCUACAUCACAGAGGGAGGGACUGGAGAGGUCAAUGAGGAACAUGAGGUCAGACAGAUUGAAGCAGCAUCCAGGAAACCACACAGACCAGAAACAACCAUCAGACAAGAGGACAUCUUUAAAGCCUCACCUGGAAGAGAUGGACCAAUCAGAACAGUGAUGACAAAGGGAGUGGCUGGCAUCGGGAAAACAGUCUUAACACAGAAGUUCACUCUGGACUGGGCUGAAGACAAAGCCAACCAGGACAUACAGUUCAUAUUUCCGUUCACCUUCAGAGAGCUGAAUGUGCUGAAAGAGAAAAAGUUCAGCUUGGUGGAACUUGUUCAUCACUUCUUUACUGAAACCAAAGAAGCAGGAAUCUGCAGGUUUGAACAGUAUCAGGUCGUGUUCAUCUUUGACGGUCUGGAUGAGUGUCGACUUCCUCUGGACUUCCCCAACACUGAGAUCCUGACUGAUGUUACAGAGUCCACCUCAGUGGACGUGCUGCUGACAAACCUCAUCAGGGGGAAACUGCUUCCCUCUGCUCACCUCUGGAUAACCACACGACCUGCAGCAGCCAAUCAGAUCCCUCCUGAGUGUGUUGACAUGGUGACAGAGGUCAGAGGGUUCACUGACCCACAGAAGCAGCAGUACUUCAGGAAGAGGUUCAGAGAUGAGAAGCAGGCCAGCAGGAUCAUCUCCCACAUCAAGACAUCACGAAGCCUCCACAUCAUGUGCCACAUCCCAGUCUUCUGCUGGAUCACUGCUACAGUUCUGGAGGAGGUGUUGAAAACCAGGAGAAGAGAGCUGCCCAAGACCCUGACUGAGAUGUACAUCCACUUCCUGGUGGUUCAGUCCAAACUGAAGAACAUCAAGUAUGAUGGAGGAGCUGAGACAGAUCCACACUGGAGUCCAGAGAGCAGGGAGAUGAUUGAGUCUUUGGGAAAACUGGCUUUUGAGCAGCUGCAGAAAGGAAACCUGAUCUUCUAUGAAUCAGACCUGACAGAGUGUGGCAUCAACAUCAGAGCAGCCUCAGUGUACUCAGGAGUGUUCACACAGAUCUUUAAAGAGGAGAGCAAGCUGUACCAGGACAAGGUGUUCUGCUUCAUCCAUCUGAGUGUUCAGGAGUUUCUGGCUGCUCUUCACGUCCAUCUGACCUUCUUCAACUCUGGAGUCAAUCUGCUGUUAGACAAACAAACAUCCUUGUUGUGUUUUGCAUUUAGGGACAACCUGACGGAUCUCUACCAGAGUGCUGUGGACAAGGCCAUGGAGAGUCUAAAUGGACAUCUGGACUUGUUCCUCUGCUUCCUCCUGGGUCUUUCACUGGAGACUAAUCAGACUCUCCUAAGAGGUCUGCUGUCACAGACAAGAAUUAGAUCAGAGUCAAAUCAGAAAACUGUCCAGUACAUCAAGAAGAAGAUCAGUGAGAAUCUGUCUCCAGAGAAAAGCAUCAACCUGUUCCAGUGUCUGAAUGAACUGAAUGAUCGUUCUCUAGUGGAGGAGAUCCAACAGUACCUGAGAUCAGGAAGUCUCUCCAGAAAGAAACUCUCUGCUGCUCAAUGGUCAGCUCUGGUCUUCAUCUUACUGUCAUUGGAAAAAGAUCUGGAUGUGUUUGACCUGAAGAAAUACUCUGCUUCAGAGGAGGCUCUUCUGAGGUUGCUGCCAGUGGUCAAAGCCGCCAACAAAGCUCUACUGAGUGGCUGUAACCUCUCAGAGAAAAGCUGUGAAGCUCUGUCCUCAGUCCUCAGCUCCCAGUCCUCUAGUCUGAGAGAGCUGGACCUGAGUAACAACAACCUGCAGGAUUCAGGAGUGAAGCUGCUGUCCAAUGGACUAGAGAGUCAACACUGUAGACUGGAAACGCUCAGUCUGUCAGGCUGUCUGGUCACAGAGGAAGGCUGUGCUUCUCUGGUCUCAGCUCUGAGCUCCAACCCCUCCCAUCUGAGAGAGCUGGACCUGAGCUACAAUCAUCCAGGAGACUCAGGAGUGAAGCUGCUGUCUGCUGGACUGGUGGAUCCACACUGGAGACUGGACACUCUCAGGGUGGAUCAUGGUGGACCACAGAGAGUGAGACCUGGUCUGAGGAAGUACGCCUGUGAACUGGAACUGGACACAAACAAAGUGAACAGAGAACUUCAACUGUCCGACAACAACAGGACGGUGACUCUAGGGACCAACCACCAAUCCUAUCCUGAUCAUCCAGACAGAUUUGAUGUCGGGUAUCAGCCACUGUGUAGUAAAGGUCGCUGUUACUGGGAGGUCGAGUGGAGAGGAAUAGUUCAUUUAUCAUUGAGUUACAGAGGAAUCGCCAGGAGAGGGGACAGUGAUGACGGUGUAUUUGAAAGAAAUGAUCAGUCCUGGAGUCUGAUCUGCUCUGCUGUUCUUGGUUACUCUGUCCGUAACAAUAACGAAGAAACAUCAAUUCCCCCCUCCUCCUCCUCCUCCUCCUCUUCCUCCUCCUCAUCCUCCUUCUCCUCCUCUUCCUCCUCCUCUGCCUCUCACCGAGUGGCAGUGUAUGUGGACUGUCCUGCUGGCACUCUGUCCUUCUACAGAGUCUCCUCUGACUCACUGACCCACCUCCACACCUUCACCACCACAUUCACUCAACCUCUGUAUCCUGGGUUCAGGUUCUGUCCUGGUUCCUCAGUGUCUCUGUGUCGUCUGUAGGUCUGACAGUCUCUGCUGUGGACAGAAACCCUGCUGACAGUUGACUUCAGUUCAGUUCACCAUCACACACACUCUGACCUGUGAAGCAGAUCUGACUUGUCUGAUUUCAUUUGAUGAUCAACAUUUUAACAGUUUUGUAAAAUGCUUUUCAGUCUGUACAAUGAUUGCUUUGUCUCAGUUCACUCUGCUGUUGUUACGGUCAGCAUCCAAUGAGCAGCAUCCAGCUCUGUUGGAAAUUGUUUUUGAAAGUCUGAACAGCCAUGGAAGCCCAGUGUGACCUCAAAAUCACAACUUACUUAGUUAUCAAAUCCAAUGUGUUAGUGUAGUUAUCUCCUGCAUUUUAUUAAACCAUUAUCAUUAUAUAACUGUACAUAACUUGAUAUGUUUCACUGUCUGGACAGAUCGUAGUGACACUUGGAGUCUUGAUCUGUAAUUACAGAUACUGUUAUUAAGUUCAGAACACAUCGCUGAGUCUGUGGAUUGAUUCAUUUGAUAAAAAUGAGGUGUAUCUUUUCUGUGACAGGAGCAAGUGAUGGAGGGCAAAAAAUCUUUCUGUGUGCAUUUUCCUCUGGUCUCAGGCAACGGGAAAGAGAGAGAUAUGGAAAAAGAACUCAAAAACUGCCUGAUGCUGUGACAGUGAAAAUAAACUAAUUCACUCUAAAAAAGACUCUAAACCUCUAAUAAAACAGGUCAAGUUAAAUCUUAUAAAAAAUAAAUCUCAAAAAUGAUUCACACACACUCUGCUUCAUUAGUCUAUACAUAAAUCAUCAGUUCAUAUCUGUAUUGUUUCUCAUUAUAUCAUUAAAGA